GCGACUCCGGCCGUUGACGACUCCUCGGCUGUGACACGGGCAUCUCUUUGCGCAAUACCUUGUUGCUUCUCGUUUCGUCGUGUUUCAAGCAUCUAGGGACUUUUCAUCAGCUUUGCUUGAAACAGCACCCCACAAAGUUGCUUCCUGUAGCUUUGCUUGGCUCAUGACCAAGGAGCUAGCAAGCUACCAUCGUCCGAAGCAACCCGUGAUCCGAAAGCCCGCCCACCCUCAACUAUCGUAGCUCACCUCGACACGGCCUUGACAUCUUGAUUCCUUCGACCGCAAUCCUCGCUUGCGUCGAUCUUCGGAUAUACUCGAUACGAUCUCUGCCUCACCUCGGACCACAACCGCCAACAUGCCUUCCACCGAAUCCCUCGUCGACCUCCAUGAUGCGUCCAUCAUGGAGGACAAGGAUGACCUCGACUCUCUCCCCUCUAUAUCCACGAGCGAUAUCUACUCUGACACAUCCGACUCGGAUGCUCAAGCAGAGUGGGAGCGUAGUCUUGAGCAGCUGCAGCUCAUCUUGACCAUGCUGGUCGUGCCUUGGAUGGGCAAGUACUUUGGCCGGAAGUUUGCAUACUGGAGUUGGUCGCGGUAUAUGGAGUGGGUGCACAAUGUCGACAUCCGAUGGACAAAUAAGAAGGCCUUCAAGGCGGCGGGCGUUGUUGAAACGGCGGCCACGUUAUAGACGACAUGAGACCUUAAAAGAUGAAGGCCUGCGCUAGGCGAUUUCAAAGUAAUUCUCGCCUUUUUUGGAACAUGCAUGGCUUCGAUACGGUGUUUAGGUAUUGGUUGAUAUGGUUGCGGUUUACCAAAUAGAUGGUUCGGAACUCUACAUCCGUUGACCAUGGCAUUGCACGAAGCUCAGGGAAUGGUCAAGGGCUAUCUAUCAUGGCCUUGAUGCGGAUAUUGAUACGGCUGAUGGCAUCCUAUGCCGAAUAGUGACACAUGAAAGCAGUCAUAAAGUCAAAUUUACUACAUAAUCAUU